UGUGCUAGCAUUACCAUUAGCAUCGUUAAAUGUACUGCUAUGUCCAUCGAUCCUGAAAAUCCUGAGCCGAAUGUACAAAACCAUAAUGGCGGCAAUGGCAGCAAUAGAGUCAAUGGAAUCAAUGGCUUUCAUAACGUUUUCCAAAAGACAAAUUUUCAAAGAGUUGCGGGUUCAAGUUUUAAAAGGGUUGGUACAUUUAAAGACAUGGUGAAAAAGGUCAGCAAAGGAGUUCCAGGUCGUAAAGAUACUACUCGUAGAUUUAAACAGAUUGUGCAAAAGGUCGGCGUACAAAACUCACGAGCUGUAGAGAGUUUCUCAGAGUUCGCCCAGGACACCACAGCACACGGGGUCAAGUUGUUCUUUCAAGGAAAGAAAAUCUCACGAGCUUGUUUCUUCGUGGUAUGGCUGGCAGCUGUGGUUUACACUGUUUAUACGUGUUACAAGGGUAUAUGUGACUACAGGUCCCGGCCCACUGGCACCAAGUUUGAGAUAAGAAGAUCUGACGAUGUUGAAGCAAUCCCCUUUCCUACUAUAUCCUUGUGUAAUAUCAACAAAAUCAGGAAGGAUUAUCUUGAUAAAAACGAAAAACUCAAGCAGAUAUACAAUAUGAUAUAUGAAAAGGAAGAUUCUGGUCUGUUGGGUGGUAAGGAAGCUGUUGUCGACAUUCUGACAAAUGGAAAACAUAUUCAAGAUGACCCAGCAAGUAACACAACAUUAAAUGAAAUCUACAAAGAUGGAGGGCCACUGAAUUCAGACAUCUUCACCUGCAAGAUCGGUUUCAAAAACUGUUCGGCUGUCAUGGGCAAUGAUUGGUUUCAGAGGCAGGUUACACACCAAGGCAACUGUUUCAAAAUUAACCCCAACGGUUUCCUAAACGCUUCAAUUCCGGGGAAUCUGGGAGGUCUAUCACUUUUCUUGCAUGCUCAAAAUUCACAAUACAGAAUGAUGAAGCUAACGGAGCCGAGUGAAGGAUUCAAGAUAAGUUUCCACGAUCAUUUGGAAGCAGGUAACGUUGGAAACAAAGGAUUCGUCGUCUCGCCUGGACUUCAAUACUUCAUUCAACUUGGCUACAGAGAGACGUAUUUGCUGAAAGAACCCUACGGACAGGGGGACUGUGUGCAGGACGAUCAGUACAGAACCUCUACAUGCAUUAAUAAAUGUUUUAGGACCUACAUAAUCCAAAUGUGCGAUUGUGUUCCUUUUAAAGAAGGUUCUGCAGGUGACACUGAUACAAACACCAAACUGUGUACCAUGAAAAACAUGUAUAAUUGCGUAGUGACAACUCUCCAGCAAAUUCUCAAGAACACGACGAUCAGAGCAUCACGCUGUAAAUGUGAUAAAGCAUGCAACGUCAAGGAGUACGAAUACAGCGUGUCUAGUUCCCUGCUCUCUGAUAGAUUUAUUCAAAGGUUAUGGCAAGAGUACCGACAUCGAUUAGAAAAUGAAGUAACAAAGAAAAUGGAGGAAGUAAGAAAAAAGAAAGAAGAAACGAAAAAGAGACCAGUUAGAUCAAAAGUUAAGGAUCGAUUUGAAAAUAUCUCCAGAGCAAAUACAGACAACGAAAAAAGAAACAUGUCUUUCGUUGACGGAGUAAACGAAAUAAAGAGCAAAAUUAUUACUGAGAUGGUAAAGAAGAACAUAGUGAUUUUAAAGAUUAGUUUCCCCUCAAUUGAGAAACACACUAUCAAUCAAGUUAUUUCUUAUGGUUUUGGAAACCUUCUCGGAGAUAUUGGUGGGGUAUUGGGUCUCUUUCUGGGGGCGAGCAUUUUUACUGUUCUGGAGUUCCUGGAAUACAUGUUGAGGAUGAUUCACGAGAAUUAUGUCACAUUCAGAGCUAAACAGAAAGCAGACCAAGAGGCACAGCAGCGAAAGGUGAAAACUAAAAUAACAUUACAUACACUAGGAAAACAUUACAUGCACAGAGAUCUUCCGAACGGGGACGAGGAACUGGAAACGUUACCUGGGAACACCCAGUAAUGGGAACGUUACCUGGGGACACCCAGUAAGGGGCACGUUACCUGGGAACACCCAGUAAGAGGCACGUUACCUGGGGACACCCAGUAAGGGGAACGUUACCUGGGGACACCCAGUA